CUCUUUGUUUAUCAAAAAUGUCAAGUUGACAAAUUUUUCUGUUGUGAAAAGCAAAACUAUAGGCAUCAAACAGUGAUAAGUGGAGAAAAGAAAAUUUUGUUUAAUCCCAGAGUCAAAUACAUUAGUCGGCAAUUUUAAAAAUUAAAAACAAAUACUCGGUAAAGGAGGAAAAAGUUUUGUCCUUCAUAAAAUUGGUUUAAGUAAAUGUCAGUGACAACAAUGAACGCCAAGGAUAUACUUAUGCGUGCGGUGCAAUGUGACCAAGUGGGCAGAAUUUUAGAGGCGCAAAACCUUUACCAAGAUGGCAUACAAAUACUUAUGGAUCUUGUGGCUGACGAAAAAGACGUGGGCAAAAAGAAAGUUUAUUAUGAACGUAUCAAAGAGUAUAUCGACCGUGCUGAACAAAUCAAAGAACGAGUGCAGAAGCAUGUUAUCCGUGGUGAACUUGUCACAAACAUACCCAUUGAAGACAAUUCCACCGGUAACAGUUAUCAAGCGCUAUUUGGAGAUUACCUGAAUGCCGACGUUAAAGAGGUUCUGCUGGAAGAACCAUAUCUACAAGAGAAGUAUCAUUUUCAGAACCUUGUGACUUUUUUGGAAUUAUUGGUGAAGAAUUGUCGCCACAUCAAAUAUGUUCGACUAGUGACAAAAACAGAUCCGAAAGCGCCAGAGAACCAAAGAAAUGUCUUGGAACAGAUUAAGUCCGACAUGGCCAGACGCAAUGUGACCUUGAGCGUAAAAUUUGAAGACACUUUGCAUGACCGCAAAAUUGUCCUCAGUAACGGCUACAUUAUAAAAAUCGGCCGUGGAUUGCACUUUUUCAAAGCUACCAAUCCCCUAUAUAGCCUUGGAUUAUGUGAUUAUGAUUUUCGCAAAUGUCUCCAAACUGAUGUCGAUAUUUGGCGUACUAAAAAUUUCAUCGCUUAAAAUAGACAUGAGGAAUCAUUCGCGCAGAGUACUUCGUAUUAUGCUCUACAGCAUAUUUAAGCCACUCUUUUUUAAGAAGAGUAACAUAUAUUUUUCUACAAAUUUUUUCAUGGAGAUUUAAGUGUAUAUAUAGGAAAUGUAUUUCGAUUAAAGAUUUGUGUGUUGUACUCUUUAGUAAAAUACAACUACUUUUUCCCUUACUAUAUAAAUUUACAGAAUAUGUUGUUAAAAUGAAUCAAACGAAAGCAAUAAAUUUAUGAUUAAAAAUACU